UAGUGACGUGAAAUCUAAUUAAAGUAUAUUGCGUGAAUAAUAUUCACUUAUAUUCUUAUUGCAGCGUAAAAAGUGCGUAGCUUCAAAAUUCAAGCUAAGAUGCUACGAGAAAUACUACAUGUCAAGUGUGGAGCAACCAGGAGGAGAGUUGAACAGAGACAUCCGGGUAACUUCCCCAUUUCUCAGCAACGAUGCUUCUUCACACAGAUGGAAUGUUUUACUGUAGUAUGUGCUAAAUUUUACGGUCAAUCCAUUGAGCGAAACCCGAUGGGAGAAUCGCAUAGAUGCAGUCAAAGUGGUCAGAUUUCAAUUAAGUAUGAUUUGCCAGGCUCCAAUCUCAGUUAUCAUCGUGGGAGUUUGUUGGGCAAACCGACAUCCGGAGGCAUUUGGAUUCUUAUUUAGAAUAUGUGAGCUACAACUUCAUAUGGAGGAUGAUUUACGAAAAUGUGCAGAUCUUCAAAUUUCAUUACCUGAUGUGCAAACCAAUAAGAUCAAGUUACGAACUGUUUGGCGAAUUACGAGCGCUAUUCAGAAGAAUACCUCAUCGUUUUAAUCCCAAAAACGUGCCCCUAUAUAUGUGCAUGCGAGAAUAUGCUCACCUCUCUGGUUCCGAAUGUUUUCUGUGCGUUGACAAUAUUAUUGACGUUGCCAGUGACUGUCGCUUCCGGAGAAUGAAGUUUUUCCAACUUGAAACUAAAGUAUUUGCGGUUGUCAAUGAGUCAAGGACGCUUAGACGGACUGGAAAGUGAAUCGAUUGAGAAUGAUAUUGCUCAUGAACCAGAUCUUGAUGAAGUAAUUCAAGACUUUACAGCCUUGAAAGCUAGAGGGUUCACAUGAUUUUAUGACUACGCCAGAAUUAUAUAAUCUGUUCGUGUGAUUGUAGAAUCCUUUUGUUUUUAGCAAUCAUUUGUACCUGUCAUUAUCAUAUCACUUGAGUAAAUAAUUAUGGGAUUCAAAUAUUUAAUUGUUCUAUGUGUGCACUUAUAUAUGGGCGGCUUUUUAUUACUUUACAUGCAUAAAAAAUAGCUUUCGAACUGGCGCUACUCGGCUUUAUUAUUCUGUUAUCUCACACGUAAAUGCAAUGUCAUCAAACUACUUAAUAACAAAACAUACAUUAUAGAGGUAUUCCAUG